AUGGUCAUCGAAGCCAUGGACGACGCCACCCGGCAGCAGUACCUGGCUGACGACCCGCCUACUAUUGUCCCUCUGGCUAUUAAGCCGCACUUCGAAGCACUUGACGACGAACAGAAGCUGUAUGCUCACUACAUAUCUCGAGCCGCAUUUGCAGGAACCAGGAUCAAUCUACGUCAGGUAUCGCCGGAAUCCGAGGCCAUCUUCGACUUCAUCCUCACGCUGCAUAAGCAGUGUCAAGGAGAUUGGCAAGCAUUUGGCACAAAAGCUGGCCUUUCAAAGGAAGAUCUUAAGCACUUCCUAAGCUACGCGGCGCAGCUCAUCGGCAACACUGGUAACUACAAGAGCUUUGGCGACAGCAAGUUCAUCCCUCGGCUGCCCCCAGACAAGUUCGCCGCCUUAGCUGGAACAUCACCUGAAGCACAAAAGCUAUACGAGACUUUCAAGGACGAGAUCUAUGAGUCCAUGUCCACGCCACAUAUGCACCUGGGCUAUCCAGACCAAGGCCAUGUCUCGACUUACUAUCCCGACUCACCAUCGAUUACUCACGACGAGAUCGAACUUGUCAGCUCAUUCCUCAAAGAGCAGUCUCUCAUGCCAGAGAACACACGUCUUCGCAAGACGAGCAAAGGUGAUUAUGAGGUACUGAUAGCCGCCGCUGUAGCUCAACCAGCGCACCAUGAUACGGAGAAGACUGAAUGGACGUUGAAGAACGGCAAGAAGCUGAAUCUGGUGUACGGCGACUACCAACCCCAAAUGGCCGAAAUCGCCCGCAAUAUCACGGAAGCGCAGAAGCAUGCCCUUAACGACGAAGAGGCGAAGAUGCAUGCAGAGUAUGCCAAGAGCUUCCACGACGGCUCCAUGUUCGCUCACAAGGAGUCGCAACGCCACUAG